AUGAAAGCAUGGACGUUUACUCGCGCAGGUUCCGCUGAACGAGUGCUCCAACUAUCCCAACAGCACCCCAUUCCUGCCCUAAACACUAGCACCGAUGUACUCAUCCGCAUAACCCAUGUGGCCCUGCACCCCGGCACAACCAUAAUGAUGAACCUUGUCCCAUCCAUCUUUCGAACCACGCCUGGCAUUGCAGAAACAGACUUCUCGGGGUUGGUCAUCGCAACCGGCAAGGAGGUCCCAGUUACCCCCAGCCAGAUAAUGAGCACCGGUUCUGGGGCCUUGGCAGAAUAUCUCGUCGUGGAUAUGAAUUGCAUAGCUCGCAAACCAGCCAAUAUCUCAUUCGCGCAGGCGGCGGGGUUACCCGUCUCGGGUACAACUGCUCUCACGCUCAUGGAUGCUGCGGAUAUUCGACCCGGGGAUCGGGUACUCAUCAAUGCUCCGAGUGGGGGCAUUGGACACCUCGUCACGCAACUUGUGUCUCAGAUUGUCGCUGGCGAAGGGCGUAUUGUAGGUAGGUGCUCUGCUGCUUCUUUCGACGUGGCGAGAACACUCGGUUGCCAUGAUGUUGUGGUAUACAAUACUUCGGGUGGCUCGUCUACCUCUACUGGGACGGAGAUAUAUGGAGACGAACCAUUCGACAAGAUUAUCGACACCCGUGGAUCUCAGGAUCUGUGGUAUUCGUCGCCUGCAAUUCUAAAAUCUGGAGUGGACCACACGUACACAUCGGUGGGACCGGUACUGGAAUCUUAUACUUACUUGGGCAUGUUCGCAUGUCUGUUGAAAAUGGGUUUGAAUAGAGUUCUGCCUGUUUGGGCUGGCGGGGUAGACCGGGAGUAUAGACAGGUUACGGCUAUGGUUAGUACGGACAAGCUUGAAAGGUUAAGAAAGCUAUGUGAGAUGGGUCAAUUAGGUGUCUUGAUAGGAGAUACAUGGCUAUUUGAGGAUGCUGUUCAGGCAUUCCACGUUAUGGCUGGCAAGCAUGCAAGGGGGAAGCUGGUUAUAUGUGUUGCAGAUCUAAAGGUACGGGCUGAGUAA